UUAGAAAACGAUUACAAAGUGUCACGAUAAUAAAGUUAUUUUAUUUGGGAAAUUUUGUAACAAAAUGAUACUUGACCAGUCUUGAUUCUUUGCAAUAAAACUAUAUACAUUUUUGAUCAUCAUAAGAGAGGUUGGACUUAUGCCGAUAUUAAGAUGGCAGUAGAAUUUUUAGUAAAUCGGUUGAAAACCCUUAUCGUACUUCUGCUGGGAGUAUUUAGACGGGCAAUGUGCUGUCUUCGACGUCGAAGAAGAUCAUCCUGUGAUUCCAUUCCUCUAUCUGCAGUUGGUGUAGUACCGAACACUUUAAAUAACACGUCAACACAACCAGAAUUAGAGCACUGGGAUCAAUGGGAGGAAAAUCCUGUCGUGGUCAUAUCAGAUAAACCAGUUAAUACAAUACAAACAAAAAUUGAAGAAUACAGACAGCAAGCUUUCAAACCAGAAUCGACUGAAGAACAGCAAUUAAAUUUUUUUGAGAAUAUGACACCAAAGAUCACUAUGCAGACAAAGAUCUUAGUUAAAGAUAAGGUUUCAGAAAAUACAUCUUGGAAUUCAUCAAAAUUUGAUCCCAUGCCUUCUAAUGAAUUGGGAGAAUGGGAAGAUGAUGCUGUUGGUUGGGAGGAAGAAACAACAAAGGAGUUUGGAGAUCUCACAAAAACAUUGAGGGAACAAAAACAAAAAGAAAGAGAACAACGAUUAUUUGAGCAGCAACAGAAAAGGGUUGAACGCAAUUCAAGACCACAGCCAUUAGGAGCAAAAUUAAGUUCUUGAUGUGAAAGAAUAUAGUCCCCAAGAUUUAUAUAAGAAAUAAUCAUUUUUCAUUUAUUCGUGUUUGUGCACAAAUCUGAUUCUUUUA